UCGUUAUAGUAUUUUGUAUAUAUUUUUUGGUAUUUUGAAAUACACCGAACGCACUCAUACUGAAAAUUGUUUUAAGUGAGUGCUUUGCUAGUUGUUUUACAGAAAACCCAAAUAAUUACAGCUUAAAGCCGCGAACUAUUGAAUUUGUAGAAUGCCGGCAUACCACUCGCAAAUCAAGGACUUUCGCCAACAGGUGGGCAACAUGGCCAUCCUACCAUUGCGGACCCAGGUACGCGGACCAGCCCCAAGUGCCAAUGUAGAGAGUGAUAUUAUCGAUGAGUCACUUUAUUUUUUUAAAGCAAAUGUAUUCUUUCGCACCUACGAAGUGAAGUCGGAAGUGGAUCGUGUACUCAUCUAUAUUACGCUAUAUAUAACCGAAUGUCUUAAAAGACUGACCCGCUGCACCAGCAAAUCACAGGGUCAACAGGAGAUGUACAGUUUGGCCAUCUCCAAAUUCGAUAUACCCGGCGAGGCUGGUUUCCCAUUGAAUUCGGUCUACGCCAAGCCCCAGUCCGCCCAGGAUGCCGAUCUUAUGCGUCAGUAUUUGUUGCAGCUGCGUCACGAGACAGGCAAUCGGGUAGUGGAGAAAGUAUUUAGCACAGAGGAUGGCAAGCCAAACAAAUGGUGGACUUGCUUUGCCAAGAAGAAGUUUAUGGAGAAGAGCCUGGCCGGUCCAGGCCAGUAAAUUAAAACGUAGCAAGGAAUUUACAAGUGCAUUAUAUUCCAAUAUCGAAUUGUAUUAUUUAGUAAUGGCGAUUGUUUUAUUUUUAUUUCGAAUACAAUAAUUACGCAAAUGUGUUUACGUUGUAAGUGUUGCCCGGUCAACGACGAUCUUUAAUUGGAAAAACAUUUCUAAGCAAAAAUUCUAAUAUGUACAAUAAGAGUUAACGGUACAGAUGAUCGGCCUGCAGAUUGGAUGCUAUCUCCGAUUCCCAUUUGUCGCCAUUGCACAAGAGCUUCUCCUUGUUGUAGAGCAAUUCUUCGUGCGUCUCUGUCGAGAAUUCAAAAUUGGGGCCCUCAACAAUCGCAUCGACUGGACAGGCCUCCUG